AAAUCGAUGCUAUAACUUAAACUAGAGCAAUCCCCGAUACGUUUGAACUAAACAUAUUCCCAUGCUCACGAUAGAUGAUGAUAUCAUCCCGAUAAGGGCUUAGCACCGUAUAGCUUCACCGUCGAAUAAAUUUCAGUUGCGAAAUUGUGUUAUCUCGGAUAACUUAUCUGAGACUUGGACUCUCAUCGGGCAAUGAUUGACUGACAGACAGCAAAAUAUUGAUUCGAACAUGGUAUUGUGACAAAGUGAAAAUGGUUAAAUAUUUUAGGAAGAAUAUAUGCCUGUCGGACUUCUGGGUGUCGUCACACGAGCGCCUGAGUGAUUUCUACGCAUCGUCAUGGCAACGAGGAGAUUCACCGGUGCCGCUGUUGAUGAUACGGAUGAUGGUGGCCAUUGUGGCGCUGGCGAUCCUCGCGUGGUCGGUGUACGAAGCCCCGGUGCCGCACUGGCUGAUUUACCUGACCAAUUGGGGUUUAGUGCUGGUUUCCGCGAUGGCUGUCAGUGGCCUACUUGUGUCUUUUAGUGCCGUGAGGAAGGCGCUACCAGAUGAAGGCGUACCACCGUGGUACGUGUCGAUGUACUGGUUGUUCUACAACAUAUCUGGCAGUGUAGCUAUAGUUAUCACUCUGCUGUAUUGGAUACUACUGUUUGAUUCAAGCAUCGCUGAGGUUAAAGACCGCUUGUUCUGGUUGGAGACGGUAACGCACGGGUUCAACACGAUCCUGGUUCUGACAGAGUUGUUCACCUCUCGCACGCCGCUUCGCUUCGCCCACAUCUACCAGCCCCUCGGCGUGGGCGUGUGGUACGCCCUGUUUUCUGUGAUAUACUAUGUCGCCGGGGGCACUGAUGGCCUCGGGAACCCGUAUAUUUACGAGAUUCUGGACUGGAGCCGGCCGGGCCCCACAACCGUACUGGUAGUGGGUGCUGCAGUAGGCAUUAUCAUUGUGUACUCAGCGCUGUGGGGCCUCACCAUGGCUCGAGACAAGCUGACUGGAGCGCUCAUACGGACUACCAGCCAUACCCUGCCAUUUACACCACCUGACUACAGCGGAUACGCCUAAGUUCUGACUCCAAAAUAUUUGCCGGUGGAAAGACUAAUGCCUCAUUUAAACCAAAUAACUUCUCUACUGCUCGCGUUGAUAGACAGUGGAAA